AUGCAAAGACAAGUUGAUGCGUUGGUUAUUGGAGCUGGAUUUGGGGGUAUCUAUCAACUGUAUUUACUGCUGAAGCAAGGACUAUCUGUCCAAGUGAUAGAUGCGGCUUCUGAUGUUGGCGGGACAUGGUAUUGGAAUCGCUAUCCGGGAGCGAUGAGCGAUACAGAGUCCUAUGUAUAUCGAUAUUCAUGGGAUAAAGAGGACCUCCAGCAGUACCCGUGGACUCAUCACUACGUCAAACAACCGGACGUUCUUGCAUAUCUCGAGCAUGUGGUGGAGAGACACGGCUUACGACCUUACAUGAAAUUCAAUACUGAGAUUCUAUCUGCCGAUUGGGAUCCCAAAGGACAAUGGAUCGUGCAGACCAACACAGGAGAGACCUUCGUCGCACACUAUCUCGUGACAGCGCUUGGACUACUCUCGAAGAUUCACUACCCAGAUAUUUCCGGGCUGGAUAGUUUCAGGGGCAAGCUUCUUCAUACAGCUGCAUGGCCUCGAGACAUGGAUCUCAAAAACAAGAGAGUAGGAAUCAUCGGGUCCGGCUCGACAGGCGUCCAAAUCAUCACAGAUAUUGCAAAAGACGUCAAAGAGUUGAUAAGUUUCCAGCGAACUCCGCAAUACACUGUCCCCAGCGGCGACAAGCCAGUGAGCCCAGAAUACCGAAAAUGGGUCAAUGAGAACUAUGAUGAAAUCGUGGCCAAGGUCAGAAACUCUACUGUUGGCUUUGGGUUCGAGGAGUCGACUCGCAUUACUUCAUCUGUAUCGGCAGCUGAGAGAGACGAAAUCUUCGAGAGCCUGUGGCAGCAAGGAAACGGCUUCCGCUUCCUGAUGGGAGGCUUCGGUGAUAUCUCGACAAACAGAGAAGCCAAUGAAGCGGCGUGCGACUUCAUCAAGAGGAAGAUCGCGCACAUCGUGAAAGACCCAGAGAAAGCGCGCAGACUGAUGCCAACAGAGCUUUACGCUCGAAGACCACUAUGUGACGGGGGCUACUACGAGCAGUUCAACAGAGAACAUGUUCAAAUCCUCAAUUUGAGGGAGAAUCCGAUCGAGGCAAUCACGCAUGAAGGGGUCUUGAUGCAAAAUGGAGAGAAAUUCCGGCUGGAUGUGCUUAUUCUAGCGACUGGUUUCGACGCUGUCGAUGGGAAUUACAAUCGAAUUCGCAUCAAAGGCGCGAACGGCGAGACUUUGAAGGACCAUUAG